AUGGAAAAGGACGGAGACGAGGACGAGGAGGGAAACAGCGCAGAGCAGCGAGUAGCACGGUCCUCUGACGCUGGCGCCCGGCCGCCCAUCUACAAUGCGGAGGGCAUGCACGAAAAGCUGGAAGACAUCUGCUGGCCGUCAGAGGCAGCCUGGGACGAGUCGCUUGUGAUCACUGGGGAGGAUUCCACACAAGUGGAGGAUGUGGAUGAUGACCUGGCAAGGGAGCUGGCCUUCUACAAUCAGGCGCUGGCAGCGGCGCGGGGAGCCGUGGGGAAGCUGGAGGCAGCUGGCACGAAGUGGCUGCGGCCGCCGGACUACUACGCGGAGAUGGUGAAGAGCGACGAGCACAUGGCCCGCGUCAAGGCGCAGCUCAUGCAUGAGCAGGGCGAGAUUGAGGGCGCCCAAGAUAGGCGGAAGCAGCGGGAGGCGAAGAAGUACUCGAAGCAGGUGCAGGCGGAGCGGAUCAAGGAGAAGGCGCAGACCAAGAAGGCCAGCAUCUCAUCCAUCUCCAGGCUGCGCAAGCAACGCGCGCGCGAUGGCUUUGCCGGGGAGCUUGACAUGGAGAAGGAGCUGGCGCGCGGGCCGGGCGGCAAGACGCCGAUGAGCCCCGGGCAGCGCAUCCGCCCAGUCCAUGCAGGCGAGCGCAAGGUGAGCAAGAAGCGGGAGGCAAAGGACACCAAGUUUGGGUUCGGCGGCCGCAAGCGGCUGGGCAAACAGAACGACGCCAGCAGCGCCGCCGACAUGGGCGGUUUCCGUCAGGGGAACUUUGACGACGGCGUGGGCCGCGGCCGGGGGGGCGGCAGGGGGGACGGGGGUGUCAGACAGGGGGGCGUUAAGAAAAAUGCUGGGGGGAACCGGCCAGGCAAGGCGCGGCGACAGGCUGGGAACAGGGGUCGUUGAUCAUUUGAGAGGAAGGGGAUUAGUAGUGUUGCAGGAAUGGUGAAGCGUGCUUUGUGCUUGCAAAGAAGGUGUUGUGAAGUGUAGUUAGCUGUGCAUACCGCCCUCGCUUUACAGAGCAGGUUUAGGGGGACCACUGUUCGAAGGAAUGAUUAUGUGACCCUUUUCCACAAGUUGUGCACGUGGCAGAAAGUCUGGAGUGUAGUCUGCCCUCAAGCCCAGACCUGCAGUUAGUCAUUCUGCAAAUGGGCAGCCCCAAUUGCUGGAGUCCCAUUGCCAACCUGUGACAGUGGUUUUGUAAGCUGCACUGUGCAGUGACUUUAGUAACUCACAUAGUCGGCCGAUGCACCGCGGACUAUGCACCGGCAGUAGAAUAAUGUUUACACCAUGGCCUGUAAUUGAUGAUCUGGGAGUUG